AGUCUGUAUUUCUGAAAUGUCUUUUGUAUUUUUUUAUUAUUGUUAAUAAAUUAAAUUACACAAUAUAAUAAAAAAAGCUUAAAUAAAGUUUAAGUUAAAGGUUUCUGUGAGUUUUAUUGCUAUGGCAUCAACAGAAAAAGAAGCGGAAGGUGACGAAAAAAUAACGGAAAAUACAGAAGAAAAUACAGAGGAGAAUGAGAAAGCUGCUUUCUAUGAAUACAUAGCUAACUUAGAAAUGCGAAUUAAACAAAAAACUGAGACUCGUAAUCAAAAUCUAAAUUGUACACGACCUCCAGAUAACCACUUUUCUAAACUAGAUUCAGGUUUAAAGAAAAACACAACAUUUGUAAAGAAAUUGAAAUCAUUUAGUGCUAUGCAAAUGGAUGCACUAAUAAAAGAUUUUAGUGCAUUAAAUUUAACAAAGUAUAUUUCAGAAGUAGCUGCUGCCAUAGCAGAAGCCAAACUUAAAAUGUCAGAUAUUCCAGCAGCAAUAAAUUUAUGUUCAGUGCUUCACCGUACCUAUGCUGACUUUUCUGCCAAUUUCUUUGAAAACUGGCAAAAGAUAUUAACUUUUAAAGCUACUGAUAAAAUAACAAAUUCCUCUAAACUACGUGUUGAUAUAAGGUUUUAUGCAGAAUUAGUUGCUGUGGGUAUAUUUGCCAACAAGACAGGUUUACCCCUACUGGGGAAUGUGUUAACUGUUCUCAUAAAUAUGGACAAAGAGGAUCAUAACAAUAUACCAAUACUGCUGUCAUUUUGUAAACAUUGUGGUGAAGAUUAUGCUGGUUUAAUGCCAAAGAAAAUACGGGAUGCUGCAGAGAAAUACAAUGUCACAGUACCAAGAAAUAUAUUCUUGCCAGCUGAAAAACAAACAGCAGUAAGGACGCUGCUAAAGGAUUAUUUCUUGUCUUUAACUAAACAUCUGUUAGCUGAAAGGGCUCAAUUACAAGCGCUUCAUACGGCCAAUCAACGUACCCUCCACACUAGGGGUGAACUGUCCCAGGAGAGGAAGGACCAAUUAGAAUUACAUCAGGCCACAUAUGACAAACUCUUGACUGGUGCACAAAAUUUUGCUGAAGUGCUGGGAGAGGAAUUGGGUGAGGCUGGUGAACCUCCAACACUAUCCAUGGUGGUAACUGAAACACAAGGCACAGUGAGCAUAAGUGGUAAUGAAGAGUUUAUCAUGCAUGCUGGUACUGAUCCCUGGCAAGAUGAAGAUACAAGAACUUUUUACACCAGCUUGCCUGAUUUGAAAGUAUUCAUGCCUAACUAUCAACCUAAAGAGACGGUUAAGAGUAAAGCUGAAACAGUAACAGAAGAAAUGUUGGAUGAGGAUUUAAAAGAGGAUGAUUUAAGUGACAGUGAAGAACCACCUACUGUCACAGAUGUAGAACAAGAAGAGACACAACCCUCAAAUGUUUCUAAUAAAUAUGCCCUAGACUCGUUUUUGAAUGAACUACCAAAUUGUAUAAACAGAGAGUUAAUAGACAAUGCUAGUGUGGAUUUUGUUUUGAAUCUCAACACGAAAAAUAAUCGUAAAAAGUUAACAAGGGUUUUGUUCAGUGUUGCUAGAACUAGAUUGGAUUUGCUACCAUUCUACUCAAGAUUCGCAGCUAUAUUAUAUCCAGUUUUGCCAGAUGUUUGCAUGGACCUGUGCCAAAUGCUUAAACAGGAUUUUAAGUAUCAUGUAAGAAAAAAGGAUCAAAUCAAUAUUGAAUCUAAGAUAAAAGUAGUGAGAUUUAUUGGCGAAUUAGUAAAAUUUGGACUAUAUUCCAAAAUGGAGGCAUUGUACUGUGUCAAAGUAUUGUUACAUGAUUUCAAACAUCACCACAUUGAGAUGGCAUGCAAUCUUCUAGAGACAUGUGGCCGAUAUCUGUAUUGUAAUCCAGAUACCCAUCAACGAACUAUGAUAUAUCUUCAACAAAUGAUGAGAAAGAAGACUGUUUCAGCUCUAGACUCUCGCUAUGUUACUCAAAUUGAAAAUGCAUUUUACUAUGUUUGCCCGCCCGAAACUCCGGCUCAACCAAAAGAAGAAGAAGCACCUAUGCAUCAGUUCAUUAGAAAAAUUCUCCAUGAAGACUUACAGAAGAGUAAUGAGGAAAAGAUUCUAAGAUUGAUGCGAAAAUUAAACUGGGAAGAUCCAGAGAUAUCAACCGUUGCAAUACAGCAUCUAGCUGGUGGAUGGAGAGUCAGAGCAAGUGCCAGACGUGCUCUCGCUCGACUCACAGCUGAACUAGCGGCUUGGCAAGAAGCCGUGGCUCCCGCCGUUGUAGACACUAUUAUUGAAGAAAUACGUGUCACAAUGGAAGAUCCACACCCUCGAUAUAACCAGAGAAGAAUUGCCACUGCUAGGUACUUAGGAGAGUUGUACAAUUAUAAAUUACUAGACUCCCGUGACGUAUUUACUGUAUUAUACUCCUUCAUUACUUUUGGGGUAACAAAUGAUCAUAGUAAUGUAUCUCCUCUAGAUCCACCAGAGAAUGUAUUUAGAAUAAGACUGGUUUGCGCUCUGCUUGAAACUUGCGGGGCGUACUUUAACAGUGGUUCCAGUAAGAAAAAGCUUGAUUAUUUUAUAAUAUUUUUCCAAAAUUACUACUGGUUCAAAUGUAGUGAUCCAUUUUGGACAGAUGAAAAUAAAUUCCCCAUUUAUGUGAAGUAUAUAUAUCAAGAAUGUUUAACGACAUUGAGACCAAAAUUGACCUUGUACACGAGUUGGCAGCAAUGUAAGGAUGCCAUAGAAGAUUUGCGACAAAGUCUUUAUCCAGAAUUGGGUGAGGAAGAUCAAUAUGAUAAUGAUGAUCAAGGAGAUGAUAGUGUGAAUGAUGGACUCGACACGAUUAUAGAGACAGAUGAUGAAACAGAUAACCCUCAACUUCCAGAAGAAAGUUCAGAUGACGAACCAUUAACAGAAAAUAUUGGCAAUGAUGAUAAUGAAGUACAGACUGAUGAUAUGACUAUUGAGCCAAGGAGACCGGCACCUAAGCCAGUUGAAGAUAUAGAAUUUGAAUCAGCAUUUGAAAAAAUGGUGAUGGAAAAUAUUGCAGAGAGACAACGUGAAAGUAGACCACAGCAGAGAGAUAUUGCUGUGCCAAUGACAUGUCGUCAAACUACAAAAAAAACUUAUGAACAGUUACUGCAAGGCAAAGAGGGUGUGGAAUUUGUAUUAAUGGUUAGAAAAGGAACCAAACCGCAAUACAAGUCAUUCAAUGCUCCACCAGAACUCGCGAGCAAUUUGCAGCAGCAGGCACUAGCUGAUAAACAAGAGAUGGAACGCGUGAAGAGACUGACACUAAAUAUAUCAGAGAGGCAAGAAGAAGAAGAAUACAGUGCUGAAAGCGGGGGAGGCUCAGGUGGUAGUGGCAAUCCUAAUCGUGGUCAGCAUGUUCGCCAAAAAUACCAACAUCCCAAAGGAGCUCCAGAUGCGGAUCUGAUUUUUGGACCCAAAAAAUUUAAAUAAUUUAAAUUUUCAGUGCUCUCGGAUUUCCAGAUGUCUAUUGUCGGUUUCACUUUGGUCUUCUUCCGUGGAGAGAUUAUGUGGCAUUAUUAUUGUGACAUUACUUUAUGGAAUAUACAAGACUUUUAGUUGCAUAGAUAAAAUGUUUUUAUACUUUUAUUAUAAUUUAGUUGUUUCUGUAAAUCUCGCAAUAUAAAAGCCAGUCUAACAUUGAUGAUAGAAUAUAGCUAUUUUCUUAAUAAUAAAUA